AUGUAUACGCUCUCCAAACUAAACAAACAAAACGAACAAACUUGGGUCAAUCUCCAAAAACGGCUCAACGAAGUUCAGUUCGAGUACAAGAAUUUGUUUGCUAACAGUGACGUUCACAACUUUGUAAAAAACAAGGCCGUGUCGGUAGGAAGUUGCGAAGGGUAUUUUAUACCUUCACUGCUAACUACAACUGCUUACCUCCUGGCUACAAACCAAUCACGCGUGCAAACUUUGAGGCAGCAUCAGCCCCUCAAUAUUUACACCAUCUUUGUUGGAUACCCAGGAACAGGUUAAUAUACGCUACCUACACUUCAAAUCAGUUUAUUUUUAUAAACCAAACCAAACGAUUGUUUUUUAUUAUUAUUCUCCACGAUUCACAAUGUAAUAACACAAUUCGUAUUUCUUGUUUCAGGAAAAUCGUCCGCCAUUCAACACGCCGCGCAAGACCCCCUCGAACAGUUGGAGUUGACUUCGACCAUAAUCAGUAAAGCCACGUCAUCCGGGCUUGUGAAACAAGUGUCAAGUCAAAAUCAAGGCUUCAUGCUGUCACCAGAAAUCUUUGACACCCUUAACAAGUUGAUGAAGUCGGACGAGGACAACGGCACCGGCGACGUUCAACUCCUUUGCAAGCUGUUUUCUGGCGAGCGAUGUACGUACAGUUACUCAACGCAAGAAACAAGAGUCAUCCCAGCCGACACGCCGUUCAGCAUCUUAGGAGCCACCCAACUACUGAACGCCGCAAAACUAAUCGCAAAGAUGGACCAUGGCCAUGGUUUGGUGGACAGGUUCUUAUUCCCUAUUCCCCUGGCGUUCAGGCCCACGCUGACUGAAAUGGAGACGGCGGCCGAGUACCUGUCCACUGAAGUUGUGGAGAACUUCGAAGAGUGCUUUAGAAACAUCAACGACAACGGUCAAAUACAUUACAGCUUCGACACCAGCGCCCGAGAACUACUCAGAGAGAACAUUGAUCAGUUCGUUAGCGAUGUCAACGACGCCAUAAGAGAGGGAAAAGUUCCACCCAAGUCCAAACUGCCUGAGCUAGUUCCUAGAGUGGCAACUGCACUUCACGUAUUUAAUCACACGAUGACUGAACUACUCGCCGGAGUUCCACCGACCACUCCACCAACACAGAUAACCAAAUCUACCCUGGAAAAGGCGACACAAUUUGUGCAACAUCUAGAAAGCCAGAAGGACAUUCUGUGCCAGGUAAGUACCAUUUAAAAACAUUUAAAUCGUUUACUUUACAUCGAUCACUUAGUAAUUAUCUUACAAAGAAACGUCUAAUUUUCAUUUUACAAAUGCGUACUUAUGUAACCCUGAACACGGUUAUUCUUUAAUUUCAGUUCUUAAAAGAACUCACAAACGCCACAUGUGACAAAACCGUGGAACAGCCAUCGCUUCAAACCAUUAAAGACCAAGUACUCAUGGCACCCGGACCCGUGGUCAGUUAUAGAAGUUUCCAGAAAGGUAAAAGAUCAGCAAAAGCCAUUGCAGAAGCCGAGUACACUAGGGCAACCGAAUCAUUAAAAGAAGACGGCUUCGGGCGAAUAGUAGAAUUCAACGUCCCAAGAGCACGUCGCAAAUGUAAAGUCUUUAUCAAGUCUGCGCCAGAGCCUUGGCCAAACAACACCACAAUCAGCGACUUCGACUUCCGCACUGCACUUGCAAGGCCAAUUCAUAGUGGCAUUACCCCGGCAAUGCGGGAGUAUUUGCAAAACAAUGAGAACAUUCAGCUAUAG